AUGGAAGAGAAGGCCGCAACAGAUGAAAACAUCUUACGUCAAAUGGAGCGUUUGAAGAAACUAGAUCUUUCGGUUGUUGAGGUUCAGAUUCUUGAUAUUCUAGCCUACGACAUUCGAGCGGCCACUUGGGAGACUGCUACAGAGGCUGCAUCUUCCUUGGACACCCUGUGCCCCCGUCUAGAGCAACGCAAAGAGGCAGAGAGCUACUUUUAUGUCAUUUGGGACCUCAUGACAGAUAUCGCUACCAGUUUCGACGUGACAAAAGAGACGCAAGAUCAUCUCAUCGGCAUCCUUUUAGCAUUGCAGCAAUGUGCGAAAGGUGAAAUCGACAUUUGGGGUAACGAAGCAGACAGACAACGUGUUUGGAAAGACCUACCAUUGUUAUACAUAGCCGUCGAGGCUUCCCUUAGCGAAAGCUUCACCACAAAGGACGCGCAGGAAUGGCGCAACAUCAACAGGUUCUGCGCCCUCUUGCUGGGAAGCGGCGUCUUGGGCCUCCGCACGCAGGCAAUGGACGCAUUGCGCUCGGCGCGAGGUCUCUCCUCUGGGGUCCUGUACAAGGGUCCACCGAUCAUGUGUCGGCAGCGGUGGGAGUUUUGGAUGGGUCGGUUCGAGUGGUUUGCGAAGAGCGAGGAUGCUGGGUUGGGUGAGGAGAUGAGGACCGCGGCGCUUGAGGCGUUUGAGAUUGUGAUGGAGGUUGGAGACCGGAUAUGGCACACGCUUUGA